CACUGAAAAAUCACCCCAAAAAAUAGCAUGUACGGAAAGUCAAAAUUAGAAGCAAGCCUUUUGAUGAUAGCUGAGGACGUUCGGCAUGUCCUGUCGUUUGAACUUCGGCAAAGUACAGGAAAUGCUGCUCCCAUAAGGCUGUGAAAUGUGUGUGUAAUUGAAAUCGUCGAUAUGUGUACUCGUAUUUGCACAGAAAAACUAAGUAGAUAUGACAGUUAGUGGCGCAGCGACGUCAAUGUCAGCGUUAACAGGGCUCCACAACGAUGGCAGCUGCAGUCAGCAGCAGUCGUCGGUAGUGGUAGCAGAGCGAAAAGCACCAACGAGUGGAUUUUAGUAUCAGUUGUGUGUUUGGAUUGCUUGCGUACACGUAGGUCUGUCUCUUGGCAACUGCGGUUCGGUAUCUAUUUAAUUUAUUCACAAGUGUAAACUGCUGCGGCCUGAAAACGUGGGUGGCCAUAAACAAACGUUGCUGGCAGAGAAACUACACAGAGUUGUGUAGGUCACAAAUACCACUCGUAAUAGUAGAAUACAGCAACACUGCGACCACUGGUAUGGGCUGUUGUCCUUUAAAUAUGUUUUAAUUACAUGAAGGAAACAAUAAAGGAAAAAACUUCUACUACAAAGUUUAUAAAUACAACAAAAACAAUAACAAAUCGUUAGUAAUAUAUAAUACAAAAUUCAAAACCGCCGCAAACCGCCGAAACAAUAAGUUAACAGCAAAACUAAACAAAAAAAUAAAACUCUUUACUUAUACCACACAACAAUAACAAAACGAGCUAGAAAAGGAACAAGCGUGCAACAAUAAUUGUCCAGCCAACUCUUAUUCAAAUUGUUACCGUUACAGUUAGACAAAGAAUGGCAUCAAAGCUGCGGUAGCAAACCAAGCAAAGCUAAAGCCAAAACCAAGCGAACUAACGAACUAAUUAACCAAUGAAACAAAGACAAACCAACAGUAGCCAAUAAAUGCAUGAGAAUUGUAACACCAACAACUAUUAUAACAGAAAUAGGAAUAUGCACAUGAAAAAGAUAAAAUAGUGGAAUUGAAUUAAAUGGAAUUAUCACGCGUGACUAUGCGAUUACAAAGAAGCCAAAGCGUUUCCCUCUUAAUUUUCCCUUUGCUACACAAACCUAUUCGCUGCUCAUUUUGACUUGGUUGCAAAGUACAACCAUCUAAAAAAUUUGCCAACGUCAUAGCUGGCGAAGAAUUAAACGAUUUUAAGUAAAAAGAACAAAAACAGGCGCAUUUUUGUUGUAAUCCUCUACAAAAGCCAUCACAAACACCAUCAUUGUUUAUCGCCUCUACUAGCUACUCAAUAUUAUAUAGUAUAUAAUUCGUUUGAACAUUUCGUAUUUUAACUAAAAGAAAGUGUAAAAGAAAUUCACAAAAUACAUCAAAAUAAUACGAAGACUUAAAGGAAAUAUACAAGAUACAGACGAUAAUUCAAAAUGACUUCGCCACCGGAAAGCCCCAUCGAGGAGGUUGUCUUCGAAUUGGAACACACUCGAGUGCCUAAGCCGAUUAAUGUAACAAUCGAAGAUUUGUAUCGUGAGACAAAAUUCUCAAAACAGGAAAUACGAAUUAUGUAUCGAGGAUUUAAAACGGAAUGUCCCGAAGGUGUUGUCCAAGAAGAAUGUUUCAAGGAGAUUUAUGCCAAAUUCUUUCCACAUGGCAAUUCCAGUUUGUACGCUCACCAUGUGUUCAGGACUUUCGAUAUAAACAGCGCUGGUUCCGUCAACUUUCGGGAAUUUUUAAAUAUGCUUUCAACACUCUUGCGAGGUACUGUGUACGACAAAGUCAAAUGGACUUUCAAAUUGUACGAUGUAAAUGGCGAUGGCCGGAUAACACGCGGCGAAAUGAGUGAUUUAUUUCAUUCAAUACACGAGCUAAUGGGUCGACGGCCGCAUCAGCCGGAGGAAGACCGAAAAGCCAAAGAGCAGUUGGAACGUACCUUUCGCUCAUUUGAUCCGCACAAUGUCGGCUAUAUUAAUUUCGAGAUGUGGAUGAAGGGAUUGCUGACUAACCGUACAAUUGUGAACUCAUUCCAUGUAUUUCACUCGGAUCCCUGAUGGUCAGAGAGUGACUUUGAGAGCAUCUUGAAUAAUCAAGAAGUUAUAUCGCUGAUAGAUCUUUGAGAAAGCAAGAACAAUAAUGGCAGGAGCACACGUAAUGCCAGCGAAAGUCCACAGACGAGUAAACCGUUAGACAAAAAUAAAAAGACGUAAAAUUUCGAGCAGAAGUUCCAGUUUGUAGACAAGGAAAUUCGUUUUAGCGAAAAGAAAGUCGAUGAAAAGGCGUAAAAUCAGGUGUAUUUGUAUGCGUGUAGUAUGUACAUAAAGUAAUUAACAGUUCGUAUGCUUCAGAUUGCGAAUAUGCUGUAUAGUUUGAUUAAACAGAGUAUUAUUGAAAAAAUACUAAAAGGAGUGUAACAACAUAGACGUAUACAAACUGAAAAUAGCCUUAGAAUAUCUCAAGGAGCUAUUUAAUGUUCCAAUUAGUCAUAUUACAUACCACACUAGUUUGUGUUACUAAAAAAUGUAAAAUAGGUGAAGCACAGCAUUGCUAGAAUUGACAUUUGACACUGUCAGGCGUACAAAUUGUUGAUGCGUUCAAGUUUUCUUUUCACUAUAAAUGUUUGAGUAUUUUCUAAUUACCUUUGAAGUUUAACAAGUUUCAUGUGUUGCCCUAAUCAGUAAGGUAAAUCAUUGAGAGCUCAUUGAAAUAAUUAACUGAGUAGCCUUCGUUCUAACAAAUGUUUUACCAUAAUGCGUGUGUUUCAAUAUGUCAAAAUCAAUGAUGAAAAAUUCAGCUAAAUUGGCAGGAGUAAAAUUUUGAAAUAAAUACGUUUCUAAUUAGAAAAAAAAGCAAAUUAUUCAAAUUAAAACAAGCUUUCAGUUGUCAGCUACAAUGGUGUUGACAUAUCAUACCAAUUCAUCUUACCAUUUUUGCUCAAAAAUUGCUCUCAUUAUUAGGUAUAAAAGUGAACUGGCAAACAUUUUCAUUGUCACAACUGUCAGUGCAUUUAAUGCAAUAAAAUCAGCUCUUUAAAGUUUAAAAUUUCUGAGUACUUCAAACAAAACAGGAUAACUAUUAAUAAAAAUAUAAUCUUUAAACUACAAGUGCCAUUUUUCGGAAUAUUUUUAUGUUAAUUAAAUAUAUGUCAGCAGUCCAAUGUCAAAGCAAGAUUGAACAAAGUCAAGCAAUAAUAAAGUUAAACAUGUUUAAAAUUGAAAUUCAAUAAAUUUAGUAAAAAAGUGUAAUACCAAAACGUCGAGAAUGAAUUACUUUAUUAUUUAGUAAUAAUAGUAUGCAGUUGUUUAUAUACAUACAUACAUAUGGUACAUUUAGUAGUAUGAAGACGUUGCCAGUUGUUGUAUGGUCAAAAUGGAUGCAAAACAAUAAAAGUUAAAAAAUAAUCGUGCUAACUAAAAAUUACAUGAUAGUGACUGGAGCAUGCAAGCAGAGAGAUUGAUACACAAAAACCAAAAUAAUAAUAAUUACAACGAUAGUAUUAGUAAAUUUUAUUUAAUAAAGAAAUAUUAAAUAAAUUUAAGAAAUUGUUCGAAAAUUCUAAACUAAUUUAAGUACUUUCCAUUGUGAUUGAUCCUGCCAGCAGUGGUGUUUUGAAUCUCGUUGCCGCUUAUCUUUAAUUACUAAAGAACCAAUCCAUGUGUUCUUUCGUACAUUAUUAAUAUUUUUUAUUUAUUUAAAACUGUGUGUAAUUUUUUAAAAAUUAUUAUGGUUAGGCAAGCAGAAAGACAAAGAUAGCACGUAUAAAUUUAAGGUUAGGUUUUCUGAUAGCCAUAUAUGUAAUUUUGACAAUAAUUUGAGUUAAAGUACAGUGUGAAUUCGGUAAUUUGAACUAUUACAAUCAUAAAUAACACCAUGAGGGCUAUAAUGUUGCCGCUUACUUUUUUGAAUCGAUGCUACUUUUCUUUUCAAGACUUUAAUACUACAUUUUAUUAUGUCUAUUAUUUUAUUAUAUUUGGGAUUCUAGCAAAAAUGAAGUUCGGAAAAAUUAUUUUUAUAUUGUAUGUAUGUUUUUACUAAUUAAUAAUUAAUAAAAUUAUUGUACCCAAUUAUGGUAGCUAUAUGCUUAUUGAAACAAAAAAUGUUUUGAAUUUGUCUCAAUUUCUCUUAUGACUAUUUAUAUAAUGCGUGAUAAGAAUAUAGCACAAAAUAUUAUUUGUAUGUUCAUCAAAAAUAUUUCCAAAAACCAUUUGCUUAGAUUGUCAAAGUCAACGAAUAAUUAUCAAAUUAAUACGAUAGUUAAAGGUAACAAAUAAUAAUACUAUUAUCAUUGUCAAAUGUGUUUAAAAAUUUUGAAUUUGCUUACAAAUUCAUAUGGUUAUUUUAUUUGAAGCAAUUAUAUUAGCAACGUUCAUAAAAAGUUAUUUUGAAAAGUAAUACGAGCUAAAUAAUUAAGAAUUUUUAUAUACACAGUUAUCGAGAGCAUACUGUGAUCUGUAUAUGUUGCUGAAUUUUCACGUAGAAAUUAAUAAUUUCCCAUUUUCAAACAAUUUUGCUAUUUCGAAACUUUUACUGCGAAAUGUGAAUUUUUUAUUUAAAAAGUCUCUUUGAGAAAAAAUAACUACACAAAUUUCCCUGCUGGCAUGUACGGUUUCGUCAUAUUCUCCUUGCAAUGUGAAUUACCUACAUAUAUUUAUAUUGCAUAAGUCUCAGCUAAAUACCUACAUACAUAUAACUGAAAUACCAAGAACAUCUGCCAAAUUAAAAAUAAUUCUGUAAAUGUGGUAAAUACAUAUGUGUCGUAACAAAAGUUGUUAUUACUUUACUGUUAUUACGUAUUUCCGGUCAAUUAAACCAACACCGAAACAUAUGAAUGACAAUUGAAAAUGUAAUUUCAAAGGCAAUUUACUACUAAGAUUUCAAUUAAGUACACACAUACGAAAACAAAAAACGGAAACACACACACAAAACCGUUGAAACAAAUACAAAUAUCACAAUCUAUACUAUAUCUGUAGAACUGAAACUGUACUAAGGAUAAUUUCAACACAGUAAACACUUGAAAAAUUGUACUACAAAUAAGUAAAAACAUAUAUGAAAAAAAGAGAAACAAAAAAAUACAAAAAACGUACUUACACAAACGAAACAUAUUGAAAACAAAAACCAAACACAAAAAUGAAUUUCGUGCACCGAUAGCCCAGCGCCAAUAGAAUAAAUAACGAACACAAAUGAAUUUGAACGUAAAAUGCAGCUUAUAGAGUGUUCUUAUUGUAAAAACUAAAAUAAAAUAAAUAAAAAAAGUAAUCAACACCAAGAACUAAAAAUAUAUUAAAACAAAUUUUACAAACAGAUACAAGAACUUAAAGUGUAUUUGUGUAAAUUUUAAAAUUGAAUUACUUUUAUUCAUAUUUUAUUUUUCACUUCUUUAUAUGGAGCCAAAUUCCACCGAAGCUGUAAGCAAUACCUGAAGAAAAUGUAAUAAAAUAAGCAAAACAUUUACAGAAAACAAACACACACACGCCAAUGGAUUACUUUGUAAAAUGUUAUAAAGAGAGAAAAUAUAAAUAAGCAUUGACUUUAUUACUUGUUGAAAUGUUUAUUUCUACGCAAAUAAAGCGAAUAUUAUUGUUUUUUUAAUGGGAUAUAUAGUUUUCAUUUACAAUUUACCAACUGUAUAGCAAGCAAUUAGCGUUUUGAAAUAAAGCGGAAAAAAAAAUUGUUGGUUCCAAGUUUUGAAAACCACUAUUCAUUUGUAAGUGAAAUGGCGAAAUACCCGGAAUGGCGUCAAAAUUUGAAAAUAAUAAACUGAGUAAAGUCUAAAAUUUUAUGAGAUUUAUUUAAAAAAUCUCAAAUAAUUGUGUGUUAUAACACUUGACACCGCCUAACCUCAGUUUUAAUUAAAGUUGUACGAGCCAUGCCAGAAAUUAAUGGAAUAUAAUACAUACUCGUACUCGUAGAUAUUUUUCGCUUUCGUGCCAAGAAAUUAAAAUUUUAGUUGCCCAAACUAAUGAUGUUAGCUUUACAGUUUUCUUUUAUGUACAAAAUUUAACUCUUUAAUAAUCAAUUUAAUCAAACAAUCAAACAACUUGUUAUAAUAAAAAUAACAAACAAUUUAUUAUUAAUUAUCUAGAUCAUUAUUACUCGGAAGUUAUUUGUUUGUUUUUAUUAAACGCUUUAAGUUAUUUUUAUUAAUUAAGUUAAAAUCCAUAUAUUUUCAUACUUACUGUUUUUUUCAAAUCGCGAUUGCACUAUACAAAAUUCAACACACCCAUACACCAACUUUUUGUCAUUCAGCGACAGUUGUUUUGAAAAAAAAACUGCAUUCCAUUAAAAUUGAUUUUUUUUUUACAAUUUACCGCUUAACGAAGCUAAUGUUGGCAACUGUAAUACUACAACUCGUAUUUAGACGAAAUGGACAAUCAAAGCGGACUCACAUUUUUAGAAGGUUUUGCAUCAAUCCAAACAAAUACUACUAAUAAUCAGCUAAUGCAUUACAUUUGUGCAUAUUCAAAGCAUUAUUUGAAACUCUUUUUGGUAUACUAAUUCACCGUUCUAUAAUUUGUGGUACUCAUUUCGCUUGCCAAUGACUAAAAAGAUACAAAAUUAAUCAAUAAUAAAUUAGGUAAUAAAUUGAAGUAAUUUAUCGAAUUAGCUGUUAUCCUUCCAUUUAGGCAAAUAAUAAAUUAAUGUAAUGAAAACAAAAACUAACAAAACGAAAUUGAAUUGAAAAUUCUUCCAAAAAUGUGUGUGUCUAAGUUACUUAGAAAACUGUUAAACUAAACGAGUUCUAAAUAAGUGAAAUAACUAAAUAUUACUAAAAUAUACCAGUAAAAUAUCUACUCUACAUAUAAUAUGUAUAUUGUAUGUGUUUACGAUCCUAACUAACUUUAUGUGUAUGUGUCUUAUUGUAUAUAAUUAAUAAUGCGCCGUUAUGGAUCACCCUACAAGUUGUAAUAUUGCUUGUCAUCACAUUCGUCACAAAGGUGAGAUUUUACAGAUCUUCCGUAGCUUUCAUUGGCGUGAUUUCUUCUUCGUAUUUUUGAAAUUUUAACAAAUUUUACUACAUUUUUGUAUAGAUUUAAAGCUAUUUUACUGACAAGUAGCUGUUUUGUAAGGUGAUUUUCAUAGUCGGCAUAUUGAGUGUUAGUCUCAAGCAAGUGUUUGUAAGUGCUUACAAGAAAUUUGAAAUUGGUGAAAGCUUCAUGAAAGCUCUUACAAGCAUUUCACCUGAUAAACGAAGGUACUAUAACUACUACCACUAAGUAAUUAUCUAUUAAAUGUAAGCAUGUGCUAAAAAUUAAAAAAACUAAAUACGAAAAAACUGAAUAAUUUAACGUCCUAUAUUUGUAAAGCGGAACGAAUAUCCUUCCAAGAAACUUAUGCAUGUAUGUAGCGAUAUACGACUUAAAAUUUACUAUUUGUACAUUUACUCGCAAAAAUGAUUUAUUUAUUUAGCUUUUGCGUUAAUGUUUGUGAUAUUCUGUAAAAAUUAAAAACGAACGGUCGCUUAUUAUAUACACAUUUAUUUCAUAAAAAAUAUACCUAUUCAAAAUUGUGAAUUUACAUAUACAUAUUGGCAAAGUUGAUAUACAUACAUAUACGUAUGUAUAUUUGAGCGAAGAUAAUUUUUUAAUCCUUUGAAAUUUUUUCUGCUUUCAAAAAAUUAUUAUUAUUUUUUAAUAUUCACUAUAAUAACUUUACUUGCUUUCAAAAAAUAUUUUUAUAAAUCGCUUAAAAAAAUUUUAUAUAGAUUAAAUUUAAAAAAAAACAAAAAGUAUUUGAAGAAACGAACAUUUCUGUAAAUACAAGUUUUUUUACAGCACUAUCUUAGUAAAGGUUUAAAACUAGAAAGAUUUUGAUAAAUAUUGUGGUUGAAAGAAUUUUUUGGUGUCGGUUUUCACUUGUUUAUAUUGUUAAAACAAAUUCAAUAUUAUAGUUUCCAACAUUUUGGUUAAAUUUUGAAAUUUUAACAAUUUUCCUUGAUAAUAUAAUUACUUCAUCAUCAUUUUAAGAAAAGAUUUGGAAUACAGUUUUUUUUAUUUAAAAAUUUCUUUUAUUUUAACAAUUUCGUAAAUUUAAUCUUAUGUUUAUUAAAAAGUAAUAAAAUUUUAUAUAUAUUAAAAGAGUAUACAACAAUUUUGGCGAAAUAAAAUGUUUUUUGAUGUGUAUUUGUAUUAAGCAAAAAGUUAUAAUUAUUAAUAAUAAAUAAAUAUAUUAAUUGUAAUAAUAACCUGCAAAUCUAAAUUUACAAAAACAUUAAAAAAAAUUAAAUUUAGCUAGUUACGUAAGAUUAAUUUUUAACAUAAAUUUACUUAGAAACACUUUGCUGAGUUUUAAGUUCGAUUACUGUGAUCUUCAUAUGCUUUUUGCGUUUUCUCUUGGAAUUACUUUAAUAAAUACUUUGAAUAAAAUUUGCAAAUCAAAAUGUACCUUAGACGAAGUAAGAAUAAGUUAAUGAUACAAUUAAUUGAAUGAAAUUUAAAUAAAUUAAAGUAAUAUGUCCACGCAUACAAACAUUCUCAGUAUAAGGAAUUAGUUGAAACAUUUUUUUGAAAAUAAUAUAUUUAUAUAAUAUAUUAAAUAUAUAAUUUAAUGUAGGGAAUACCAAACCUAAUGAGAGAAAACAAAAAUAAAAAAAACAAUAAAAAUAUAUAAACUAUAGCAAAAAAAAUAUUUUCAAUUACGAAAACUAAGUUUAAGAAAUUGGUAAUUUAAAAAAUUAUAAUUGUAAGCAUAUUAAAUAAUCAUUGAAUUAAUAAUUAUUUAUUUAUUAUUUAGUAAAAGUUGCUGAGUUGUUUCGCAAAGAAAUCACCACAGUAAUAUUUAAUUGUAUAAUUGAUUUAUAUAAACAAGCAAAUCUUAAACGAAGUGGCAACAACUCACAACAAUGCUAAUACACAUGUAGUAAUAUUGAACUUAACAACAACAAAUUGUGGUUAGUGAUUGGAAUGUUUAAGCAUACAAAAUAAACGAUAAAUACAAUGAGAAAAAUUAAAAUAUAAUUUACGGGAAGAGGUAUUUUCUUUAAAAAUAGAUACUUAGUAAGUAAUUAUGUGUACUCAAUAAUUUUUAGUAGCACAAAAAAUUAAGCUGAAGAGCAAAUAUUAAUAUACAAUGCAAACAAAAUUAAUAAUUGUAUAAAAAUAAAUACCAAAAAAUUUAUUGAAAACACCCAUACUUGUAUCUAUGUAAGUAUGUAUGAUAUGUAUACAUGCCAUUCUAGUUAAAGUAGCUUAUGUCAAGUUAAGUUAAAGUGGUUGUUGUAAAUGCUACUGAAAGUCUGUGCAAACUUUCGUUUCAGCCUUAUUUGAACUUCAUAACCAUGAACUGAUACUCAGCUAUUAUUAAAGAUAAAAUAUAAUGCCGGAUAUCCAUUAAAUUGAUUAAAAAACUCCAAUUGCCAUCACUAACUUAAGUUGACUUCAGCUACUUUAAUAAAUUGCCACAGAUAUUUUUACGAUUGAGGCCUAUGUUCAGGCGCAUAUGUCUAAAAAAAUGUUUACGUAUACUAACAGUAAGUGUUGUUAAACGAUAAAAAAAUAUCAUCAAUAAAAAAUACUUUAAAUAUAUUUAAUUUCUAUUGUAAAUGAAAUAUUUUCCAAACUAUUUAUUUCAUAAAAUGUAUUUUAUGACUAAAUUUGUUACUAAAUUUUUUCUUAUGCAUCAUAUAUUUAUUAUUAGUAUUGUAAUAAAUAAAAUGUAAGAAUAAUAAUUAAAUUAAUGCAGAAAUAAUUGAAAUUUGAAAAAACAUUUAUGCAAUAGACUUGAUAAAUGAAAUGAAAAAAAAAAAGAA